AUGAUCGAAGAACUAAUAGACCUAAGUGACUCUGACUUACCUGUCGAUUUGCAGCCUUUGCCGACGAACAGACCUACUCUCACAGCUUUUACUACCCCCGGUGCACCCCAGCAGCACAAGCUAGUAGGGAUACUGCCCCCUGUAUUCCCUUGUCCAAAUAAAUGUGGGAAGUCUUACAAAUGGAAAGAUAGCCUGACGAGACACGUGAAAUUUGAAUGCGGCAAGGAACCGCAAUUCCCAUGCCACAUGUGCUCGUACAAGGCCAAACAAAGAGUCAGCCUCAGGUAUCAUUUAAUCAAAGCUCACGAUGAGUCGGCUCACGGGGAGUUUCGGCACUUUUUCGAUUCUCGGUCCCAGGCGGAGGCGCCGAGCUCCGAGUUGCAGUGUCCCAAGUGUGGGCGCCACUACAAGCGGAAGGACAGCCUGAGCAAGCACGUGCGCUUCGAGUGCGGAGUCGAGCCGCGCUUCUGGUGCGAGUUCUGCCCCUACAAAGCCAAACAAAAAAUCACCCUCAAGCAUCACCUCGAGAGACACCUCAGGGACCAGGCCAAGCUCAGCGAUCCCAACAACGUGGAGCACAUGCUCCGUUACUACCUGGCCAAUGGAAGAGACCGGAGCAAUCUUAUGAACCACAAGCCGUACACCUGCCUCAGGUGUAAUAGGAGUUACAAGCACAAAGGUAGCAUUAAAAGGCAUCUGGAUCUGGAGUGCGGUGUCGAACCUAAAUUCAAAUGCCCCUUCUGUCCGUACAAGGCGAAGCAAAAGGUCGGAUUGCAGUAUCAUCUGAAGAAACACGAGAGAGAUGUUCAAGAAGUGAGUGUAGUAACCGACGGUGACAACUGCAUUCCCGUCAACAUUGUGCCUUUCUUCUGCAACUCGUGCCAUAGAACCUACAAGUACAAGCGAAAUUAUACCCGACACUUGCGCAAAGAGUGUAAGGGGGACGCUCGCAAGAGGAGACGAGGAGCAGCCGAGCAAAACUUCAGAUGCGAGAAGUGCGGUCGCGGGUACAAGUACAAACGGAACUACAGGCGCCAUCUGCGGGAGGAAUGCACCAACCGUCGGCAACCUAGUCCAGGACCGAUAAUAGUCAUCGUCCCGGCCGCCGAGCCCGAACGGACGUCCUCUGAAACCAACGAAUAA